AUGGUGAGCGCAUCCAGCCUCCUGCUCCCGUCCUCCAUACGGGACCUCGCCUCCUGCGUUUCCGACGGCGCGGUCCGCGUCGCCUGCACCACGCCGUCCUCCACCCUCACGGCCACCUCCACCACCACCACCUCCUCGUCCUCCUCCUCCUCCCCCUCCACGCUCUCGGUCGCCUUCUCCUACCGCACCACCCCGCAGUCGCCGACCUCGCCGCCGCUCCUCCUCCGCCUCACCUGGUCCCACACCCCGCUCCGUCCACCGACGCUCUCCUUCGCCGGGCCCACCGCGUCGUCCCCCGCCAUCCUCCUCCGCCGCCGCAAGGGCACCCGCUCCCUCCCCUCCACCUCGUCCCACCCCGCGCUCGCGCUCUUCUGGGACCUCACCGCCGCCAGGUACGACGCCGCGGGCGGCGCGUCCCCGGAGCCGGUCUCCGGGUUCUACAUCGUCGCCGUGGCCGACGCCGAGGUGGUGCUGGCCGUCGGCGACCUGGCGUCCGAGUUCGUCAAGGCCAAGUUCCAGGGCCAGAUCCCCAAGGCGCGGUCCAUCCUCCCCGUGGCGCGCGCCGACCGCGUCGUCGUGGCCGCGGCGACCGCCGCCACCGCGGUGCACGCCGCAAGGGUCCGCUUCGCGGAGGGCGCGCCGGAGCACGAGGUCACCGUGGGCUGCUGCUGCUCGACCAGGGGCGGGAAGGAGGGGGAGGAGGAGCUCUGGGUCAGCGUGGACGGCAAGCGCGCCGUGCACGCGCGCCGCCUGCGCUGGAACUUCCGGGGCAACCAGACGGUGUUUGUGGACGGCGCGCCCGUCGACGUCCUCUGGGACCUCCACGGCUGGUGGUUCCGCGACCCGCCCGGGCGCGCCGUCGUCAUGCUCCGCGCCAGGACCGCGCUCGAGAGCAGGCUCUGGCUCCAGGAGGAGGCCCAGGCGCCGGCCUUCGCGCUCCUCGUCCAGGCAUUCAAGACGCCGCCUUGA